AUGAGUACAAUAUCCCCUAGCCCGAAAAAUGCCACCAGCACAGUGGCUCCCGUCGUCGAGACCCACCUGAAAGAGGAGAGAUCUCUAGUAUGGCGUCUGGAUCUGUUUUUCUUGACCAUUGGUUUUCUAGGCUAUGCAUUCAAAUAUCUGGACCAGACGAAUAUUAGUAAUGCCUAUGUCUCGGGAAUGCAGACAGAGUUGAAGCUAUAUGGCAAUGAGCUGAACUACUUUACAACCUUUUUCAACAUCGGGUAUAUGGUUAUGCUGUAUCCCUCAUGCAUCAUAAUCUCCCACAUCGGUCCGUCAGUCUGGCUACCUGCCUGCGAAGUGAAACGCACAGCUGCUCUGCCACCAAUAUAUAUACUGACCUUGUCCAGCCAAUGGUAUCUCCCCGAAGAAAUGGCUCUUCGCAUGAGUCUGUAUAAUAUUGCCCAACCGGUCGGAGCCAUGUUAUCUGGUGCGAUGCAAGGUGCUCUUUCAACGAACCUCGAGGGUGCUCUUGGUCGGAGCGGUUGGCGGUGGGCGUUUAUCAUCAAUCCCGAUCGCCCCAAUCCGCUUGCCAAGAUAUACCUCAGGCCUCGAGAUAUCAUCGUCGCCAAAGAGCGAACCCGUCGGAUCAACCGCAGUCCCCAGGUGGGAAUCACUGUCAAAUCAUUCCUGCGCAGCUUCAAAUUCUGGCAUGUCUGGUUAUUUGCAAUUUCCUGGUCCAUUGGCACGGGAACUACACCUGCAAAUUACUUCAACCUCUGGCUCAAGUCCUUGAAAAACCCCGACGGAACGAAGAAAUACUCGGUCGCUAUGCUUAACUACCUGCCGAUCGCGGGCCAGGCUAUACAACUGGUUGCUGAGCUUUUGUUCAGCGGCUUCAGUGAUUAUCUGGGAACCAGAUUACCAUUUUUGCUUCUUCACUCGGUCAUAAAUAUCACAUCUCUUAUUAUCUUGAUCAUACGGCCUGCAAAUGAACAUGCGUACAUGGUCGGUUGGUAUAUGAAUUACAUCGGAGCGUGA